UUUUUUUUUUUCUUUUCUUCUCUACUCCACUGGUGCUCUCUUCACUUUUCUUUUUUCUUUUUUCUUUUCUUCUCUUCGUCUACUCCAGAGCAGAAGAUCUCUCUUUCUUUCUCUCUCUCACACAAACAAAUUCUCUCUCAUACACACAUAGAUCACCGGCAGAGAAGUGGAGAUCGGCGUUCUACACAGAUCGGCUUACAUGUUUUUUUUUUUUUGUUCUGGUUUGAUUAGUUUUAUUUUAUUGUUCAGAUUUCAUUAGACUUAUGAGAAAGAUUAUUUUUGUGUUUCAAAUCUUUUGAUUGGGUUUUGUGUUUUUGUUUUGAUUGUGGUAUGUUUUAGUUUUCUGUGCUAAGUUUCGGUGUUUGGUGGUGGUGCUGGGUUUGGUGGUUAUUUUCUGCUUCCUUCUUAUUUUGCCGCGUUGGGUUGUUGUAGAUGUUGGGAGAGGGUAUUUGGGUAAAAGUGCUUUCACAGCACUUUCCUCUCCAGAUUUUCCUCCCGAUUUGGAAGGAUGAAAAUUGUGGGACCGGGAGAGAAAACUUUCUCCCGGGUUUUCCUUCCUCCCUAUUUUCUCUCUUUUGCCAAACAGUGAAAAAUACUGUUUUCUACCAUAUUUUCCUCCCUAUGUUUUCCAUCCUCUAUUUUCACUCCAACCAAACACAGCCUUAGACUUACAUUGGUAGCCGCGCCAGUCUCAACUUUAGGCCGUGCAAUGAAAGAAUACGUAAUAGGUUGGACUUUUUAUGCAUGACAAGUCUAGUGUUAUUUUUUCUACAAUUUUAUCCGUAACAAAGCUACGUGAGUGAGAAAAUUAUAAACACACACAAAUCUAUUAUUUUAUUUAUAAUAAUAAUAAGUCAUAAUGCAGCAAAAUUAUGAUAAAGUUAUAAAAAUAUUUGUGUCUAAGUGAUGUAAAUGAUAGUCAAAGUCAAUUAAAAAGUACAAAAACAGCAGCUGCAUGGAAAAAUCGAUUUUUUGUUUUGUUUUUUGGGCUGAAACAUACCUAGUUGCAUGCAACUGGAAUCUUAGUAUCUCACUCGCACUCUGUGGAGUGGGGACUCAACUUUUCAACUAAAACACAUCCACCUCUUCAACCCAUCAGUGAUCAGACACCGUUUUAGCUUACUGCAAAUGGAAAAAAUAAGAGAAAAGGCUUUCAUACUACAAUUGGAAAAAGGAAAAAGGAAAGGAAAAAGAAAAAGAGAAAAGAAAAAGAAAAAGAACAAGGGAAGCGGAAGCGGAAGCGGAAGAAGAUUAUGUGCAGAUUUCUUGAGAAAGAAGCAGCUAUCAGUUCUCUUAUUAUAGGCAGAUUGAGAGAGAAAAGAAAGAAGAUUUAUUUGAGCAGAGAAGACUGAGAGAGAGACAGAGAAAAAGAGCGUGAAACUACUCAACAAGCUUUCACCCAGAAAGAAACAGUGAACGAUCAAAGCUUUCAGUUGUUCCAAUCUGCAGGUAAAUCAAAAUAUCUCUUUCUCUCUUAAACCGCAGUCCUCCGCAUUUCUGAUCUCUCUCUUAUACUUAGACUAGGUUGAUGUAAAAACACUAAUUUUGUUUGCAAUAGCAUUCAAUUUUUCCAUGAACCCUAGACUUGAUUAGUGUAUAAUUGAUUAGGGUUUUAUUUAUGAGUUUGUGUUACCAAUUUUUGGUUUCUUAAAAUAGUGACUAGAAAGAAGUUGAAUAUGCUGGACCUUCCACGCCUCCACGGUACCACCUACUUCAACUUCAUGACCCAUGACCCCAUCAAUCAAUAAUUUAUCCAACACGGCAACUCCUCUUUUGAGAAACGACACCCCAACCUUCCUUCUCUCUCAUUCUCAAAAAAAAAAAAAAAAAACCUUCCUUCUCUCUCUCUCUCUCUCUAAAAUAUCGGGGAAAAGACUGGAAUAGUGUUAGGAUACAGAAUCAGUGAGUCGGGUGAGCAAACUGAUACCGGAGCCGACCCAACCGACCGGCGCCGACUCAACCGUACCGCCUCUAGCACCGACCGACUGAGCCGAGGCCGGCGAUCGGAUGGAGAAUCCUGCUCCGACACCGGUGCGGUGCUGCCAUCGGAACUGCUACUCCAAACCGAGUUCAUCACCGAACCGAUCCGAUAUUAGUUGUUUCCAUCUGUUUUAAUUUUUGUUGACAAAAACGAUUCGUUUCACUUAGUAACUUAAAAAAUAUAUAUCAAAACGGCGUCGUUUUUUGAGCUAGGGUUGCUGAUUUGAGUGGUUGCUGCCUUAGUAUAAAUACCCACUCAACUCUCUCAGCUCUCUCAGACGCUCUAUCUCAGUAUCUUUCUCACAACUGUGUGCUUCAGCAGCUCGGCAGCUCCGCAAGCUCACCAUUCACGACCAGGCCAGCUACCGCCGGUACACUAUGACAUUCAUUGUGAUCAUUUUAAUUCUAACUGGGAUCACCACAUUCGCUUCCACCACCACCACAACCAACUCCACCAAGCUAGAGCUGCUACAUAGAGAAAGAAAUGGCAACUAUAGCCAUUGGUUUCAACAAAGAAUGAAACGUGAUGCCAAAAGAGUUGCGUAUCUUAUGAAUCACAUGGAGCAAGUCGAUUUUGUGGGAGAAGUUGUUUCUGGUGUGAAUGAAGGAGUUGGUGAGUACAUCAUUCCGAUAGAGAUAGGUUCCCCACCAAUAGCCCAACAUGUAAUCAUGGACACUGGGAGUGACCUAAUCUGGGUACAAUGCCAAAAGUGCCAGCAAUGCCAUAGCCAAUUUGACCCUAUUUUUGAUCCGGCACGAUCUUCUAGUUACACAGAAAUACCAUGUGAUUCUUCAGCUUGUGAUAGACUCAAUGGAAAGCAGGAUUGUGAUCACGAGCGUAGUUGCUCAUACCGGGCAUCAUAUGCUGAUGUGUUUGAGUCCAAGGGAACCCCUGUGUUUGAAACUAUAGUGUUUGGGGACGUCAGAAUCCUAAACAUGGCUAUAGGGUGUGGUUAUACGAACAAGGGCACAUUUGGUCAUCAGGCUGGGAUUAUGGGAUUGGGAGCUGGACCCUUAUCCCUUGUGUAUGAGAUUCCAGUUGGUGGAUUUUUCAGCUAUUGUUUACCCAGCAGAGAUAGCCAGGUGUCUGGAUCACUUGUGAUAGGAAAAGAAGCUAUCUCAACAGGUUCUGUAUGGGUUUCUUUGCUUUCCAGCAUAAAGAACCCAAGUUUUUACUAUGUUCGGAUGAUAGGGCUUGGAGUCGGAGGCAUUCGGCUGCCUAUUUCCGAAGAUAUUUUUCAUCUAACAGAAUUAGGUGAUGGAGGAGUGAUCAUAGACUCGGUGACCACCGUGAGUAGAUUUCCAAAAGUAGCUUAUGAAGCAUUCCGUGAUGCUUUUAUUGCACAAACCAUGGACAUCCCUCGAGCACCCGGAGUGGAUUUGUUUGAUACUUGUUUUAGCCUACCCAACACAAUAGAUCUGCCAUCAGUGUCUUUCCAUUUCUGGAGUGAUAUUGGUGAGGUAUCACUCGUGAUUCCACCAAGAAAUUUUCUUGUUGCUGUAGACAAUAUGGGAACAUAUUGUUUUGCUUUCGCUCCAUCACCUGCCUCAUUUUCCAUCAUCGGGAAUAUCCAGCAAGAGCAUAUCAAGAUUUCAUAUGAUACAGUUGGUAGAACUUUGGGAUUUGGUCCUGACCUUUGCAUGUAAGGGACAGGGUUUUUUUUUUUUUGUUUUUUUUUUUUCAAAGAAUCAAGUGAAAGACAAUAUGUGAACUAUGUUGUUAUUAAGACAUUAUGUGAACUAUGUUGUUAUUAAGGCAUUUAUAAAUAUAUUUAUGUUGGCUUUGCUUUCAUUUCAAGUGCUUCCCAUUAUUUGAGUUUCAUUAAACUGAUAUUACAAAAUUGUGCAAUGUAAUAGUUAUAAUUGAUGGGUCAAAUUUUUAAUUCAUCAUUUAAAGUAGAAAUAAAAAAUUCCGUAGAAUUUUUCUUGGUACAAAUGAAAAAUGUAAAAUGAAGUGCUGCUUUUUUGUCACUUGAUCCAUCUUGGCAAUGCUCGAGAGGACUAGUUUCAAAGUUCAAAGAAACAGAAAGGGAUCGUGUUGGUCAUGAACCAACUGCAAAGGGCAAUGUGUGAAAUACUGUGUAAGCCAGCUAGCUCAAUUAGGCUUCUUCAUUUCAUGCAUACAAUUAUCCGAUUGUCGUUGAACAACUUUAAGGGAUUGGAGCUUGAUUGUAAAUAACUAAAUAUUGUUCAUGAACAAGUUUAAGGGUUGUUUCGGCUAUGAAGGAAGAUCUCUGUAUGUUGAUUAGCAAGUUGUGGAUCUUUUUGCAGGGUUUGUGCAUUUAUUUGCUUUGAUUUUAUUUAGGUUUGUGAUAUACUGAUAUUAUACCUGAGUUUGUUUGAUUUUCAGCACAUAUAUGGUAUGAUUUUGGACUUAGGCAUUUGGGUUUGGAUUGCUAAAUACUUGAAUUUUGCUUUAAUUAUACAUGCGCCCUUUAUUUGUAACGUGGUAUUGUUGAACUUGGAUUUAUAUUGCACUAGGAAUUUAUAGUUUUGUGUAUUGUGUGCUUGGUCCAUUGGAUGCCACUUACACUUAGGCCUCUUGACUACAAAGUGCUGGUGGUGCUCUCCUAUCUCUUUAACCUCUGUCCUUGGUGAAGGAAGGCGUUGAGCCAGGUUCUUUGUAUGGCAGCAGUGCUAACAAAAAUUUGACCAUAGGCAAUCUUGUUAAGGGAAGUAUACCAUUGAUCACUUGGUGUUGUGUGUGUAAGGCAAGCAAUGAAUCAGUGGGUCAUCUUUUGCUACACUGUGCAGUUCCUCACAAUAAUUAUGGUUGUUUGUUAUUUCGGCUUUUGGAAUGCAGUGGGUGAUGCCCCAAAAAGUGAUUAGUGUAUAUAUAUAUAUAUAUAUAUAUAUAUUUAUUGUUGCUGGAAGGUACUAUACAGGAGAUUUAGGAAUAGUAUCACAUGGAAUAUGACCCUAUGUGUCUUGACUGGUUGAUUUGGGACGAGUGGAAUAGUUGAAUAUAUACUUGAGGGUGUGGAGAAAUAUUUAUUGAGCUAAACUGUAGUUUUUUGCACAUUUUAUUUAAAUGGUAUGAUAUCCUAUGAUUAAUAUAUGCAUCCAUUAUAUAUAGAUUUAUUAACCUGAAAUUGGAUAUAUAAUUUUCUUAAUUUGG